AUGAGAGGGCGACUUUGCUUGACGCCAGCAGACGAGCGUCAAUUCCAACCUACGAAGCCAAUCCCGAAGGAGAAACCCGUCGCCAACCGGACACUCUUACCCCGGUAUGGCUUGCAUCCCUCAUCUGUCUUUGCCACUGACAAUGGUCAUCGCACAGUCAUCCUUUCAUAUAUCCUACAAAACUCGAUCCAGACUAUCUCCAUCUUUAUCGCUGGGUAUCUUGGCUCCAAUGAGCUCUCAGUCGCUGCCUUUUCGCUCAUGCUGGCAUUCGUGACUGGAUGGUGUGUUGCACUGGGAGGCACAACAGCUCUCGAUACCUUGGGUUCUCAGGCUUUCACUGGGGGAAAACAUUCUGCCGACUUAUCCGUUCACUUCCAGCGAUGUGUCCUGCUCUUAUGGAUCCUCUUCGUACCUGUCGGCAUUCUCUGGACCAAGUCAUCCUCUAUUCUGCUGUAUCUUGGUCAGGAUGACAAUCUGUCUUAUGAUACUGAGCGUUAUCUGCGCAUUCUUCUAUACGGCGCCCCCGGAUAUAUUGCUUUCGAGAGUCUGAAGAAAUAUCUCCAAUGCCAAGGGAUUAUGGCCUUGUCUACUAUUGUUCUGUGCAUCGUCUCCCCUGUCAAUGUCCUUCUGAACAUCGCCCUCAUUCACUACACGCCGCUUCGACUCUGGGGUUCUGCCGUAGCGCUGACGAUAACUUAUUGGCUUUCGUUUGGGCUUUUGACACUCUUUACGAUCUAUAGUCCAGUUCACCAUCGCAACAAAACUUGGGGAGGUAUACGGUUGCGUGCAGUAUUCGAAUUUCAAAGCUGUGUGCUCUUUUUGAAAUUGGCUCUUCCUGGUAUUCUUAUGGUCGGCACAGAGUGGGCUGCUUUUGAGAUAGUCGCAUUAGCCGCGGGACGACUUGGGCAUGUCUCCCUGGCCGCCCAGUCCGUGAUCAUGACCACAGAUCAGAUUCUGAAUACGAUACCUUUCGGCAUCGGAGUAGCGGCUUCUAUACGUGUUGGGAACCUGAUCGGAUCCAAAGAUGCCCCCGGCGCCAAACUUGCAGGACACAUGUCGGCCUACAUGAGCGUUAUUGCUGGCUCUAUUGUGAUGGUGGUGCUGAUAUGUGCCAAAGAUGUCUAUGGUUAUAUCUUUAGCGACGAAGAAGAGGUCAUUCGGCUUGUCAGUCAAGUCAUGCCAUUAGUGGCUUCUUUCCAGAUCGCAGAUGGCUUGGCUGGAUCUUGUGGUGGUGUGCUGCGUGGACAAGGCCGUCAGCAUCUAGGAGCAUUAUUUAACAUCAUUGCGUACUAUAUUCUGGCUCUGCCUAUUGGAAUCUCAUUGGCUUUUCGCCAUGGUCUUGGACUCCAGGGACUUUGGAUCGGUCAAGUUGUGGCGCUCUUCCUCGUUGGUUUAGGCGAAUAUUUCGUCGUUUGGCUUGGUACAGAUUGGGAGAAACAAGUCCAGAAAGGUGUUGAACGAAACAAUAGAGGAACGAUCGGUCAAGGGUACGCCACUUUCGAAUGA